CACUCUGCAGCCCUGGACUCUGCGCGCAGUGGGCAGCGGGCAGCAGCCAGCGCCAGAGAGCUUCUUCUCCCGCUUCUCCGCUCUGGUUCCCGAUCCUUCUCCCGGAGGCCACUCGCUGGCUCUGCGGACGCGUGCUCCAGCUACCCAAGGCCACUUCGCCGCGUCCUAACCCGUCCCGCCGGGCUACUUGGAGGGCACUUUCCCCGAGCUCGAAGUUGCCCAGCGUGCACGGUCAGACCUGGCGAGUGAGCCCCGACUGCAGUAUCCGCGCCAGCACUCGGCAACUUUGAAGAGAAGAGCAGCAGUCCCCGCAGCGGACCGCAGCGGCUACUAUGACUCCCUGGCUUGGGCUUGUCGUGCUCCUGGGCUGCUGGAGCCUUGGGCACUGGGGCGCCGAGGCGUGCACAUGUUCGCCUAGCCAUCCCCAGGAUGCCUUCUGCAACUCUGACAUCGUGAUCCGAGCCAAAGUGGUGGGAAAGAAGCUGGUGAAGGAGGGGCCCUUUGGCACGCUGGUCUACACCAUUAAGCAGAUGAAGAUGUACCGAGGCUUCAGUAAGAUGCCCCACGUGCAGUACAUCCACACGGAAGCCUCUGAAAGUCUCUGUGGCCUUAAGCUAGAGGUCAACAAAUACCAGUACCUGCUGACAGGCCGUGUCUAUGAAGGCAAGAUGUACACAGGGCUGUGCAACUUCGUGGAGAGGUGGGACCAGCUCACACUGUCCCAGCGCAAGGGCCUCAAUUACCGAUACCACCUGGGUUGCAAUUGCAAGAUCAAGUCCUGCUACUACUUGCCUUGCUUUGUGACCUCCAAGAAUGAGUGUCUCUGGACCGACAUGCUCUCCAAUUUUGGCUACCCUGGCUAUCAGUCCAAACACUACGCCUGCAUCCGGCAGAAGGGUGGCUACUGCAGCUGGUACCGAGGAUGGGCCCCUCCAGACAAGAGCAUCAGCAAUGCCACAGACCCCUGAACCCAGACCUGCCCCACCUCACCUCUUUCCCAUCCCACUGAGCCUCCCGGACACUAACUCUUCCCAGAUGAUGACAAUGAAAUUAGUGCCUGUUUUCUUGCAAAUUUAGCACUGGGGACACUUAAAGUCUCUGCUGUCUAUGGAGUUGAUUUGGAAAUACCCUCCUGGCCCUGCCCCUACCCCUUCUUUCUUGGUUUUUGACAUCACCCAUUUCUAACUGGGAAUCUCUGGUGCCAAGCCAGAAAGAAUGAGGCAUGUAUACUCCUCUUCUUCAUGAUAUAUAAUCUAUAUUUUUUUAGGAAAACGAAAAUUGAAAAAUCUGUCCCAUUUGGGCAUUUAAUAGCUACUCCUCUUUCUUCCUCUGUUGACCACAUCCUAGACCCACUUCCAGGUACACGUCUUCAUCCUAGCACACAAAGAGCAUAGAAAAGGAAGCUGGCAGAAGUCCAACCGUUUCCUAGUCAGUCAAGGGCAGCAAGCAGACAGACGCCAGGUAUUCGAAAGACCUUAUCCACAGAGGCUAUGCAACUGUGUGUCUGGAUCAGAUGGUCUGUCUAUGUCUGCGUGUCAGGGAGGGAGGGAGGGAAGGGGGAAACUGCAGGAGCAGGUCUGAGAUGACACACAGUUCCCCUGCCCUGGGAUACUUGGGUUGACCAGAUGUUUCAGAUCCUGGAGCAAGCAUCCAUGUCAGAGUAACAGAACUCUCUGAGUUGGUGAAGACUUAAACAUCUGCCUGAGUUCAGCAGACAACCUGUCUGUGUGUACAAAAACUCAGACAAAGGGUUGAGAUGAACAUCUUUCCUCUCCUGCCUCCCAUGAGACAUCCUCCUGGGAAUUCUUGGGGAAGUUUGCUUGGAGCUUGCCAACAUAUAAGCUGGAGAAAUACACACCAGACACUAUCCACAGAUAUAGUCAAGUAGAUUUGGGUAGAGAAUACUAUUUCCAAAGUAGUGUUUAGCUCAUCUAGGGGGACGUGUUUAUAUACACAUUUUCAUAUACCCACAGGGGAUUCUGAGCUAAUUUUUAUAGGACACAGAAUUCUAUUCAAUGCUGUUAAAUAUGCGAAUAGUUUAAUCUCUUUUCUUUUGUUGUUUGAUGGGAAAUUGUGACAUUCCAAGUUGACUUUUUUUCAUUUGAAUUAAAAAUUGGAAACUCUGAACCCCCUCAGCACCCUCUUGUCCCUAUAACUGGGGUCCUCUGACCUCUGACCUCCUUUCUUCCUUCUGCUUUGUGUUCGGGGUGUCCUUCACUUAACUGCCUUACUGGCCAGCUGAUGGCAGGUGAGUGGGAGUGUAGGUUAGGGGCCUUCCUUCCCAGGAGAGGGACAGUUGCACAGUGUCCUGCCCCAGUGGAAUGCCUCCUCUCCUGGAUCUGGGGACAGCAUACACUUCUUCCCCAGCUCAGUAGCGGGUGAACAUCACCUCCUGAGGUGGUCACCUCACAGAAUGAACAUGGUUGGUUGGUCACUGAGGGAGCCAGGCUCCUGCCGUCAAACUGUAGGCCGUUUGUUGUGUUGUAUUUUUGUUUUUAAAAUAAAACUAUAAUAUAAAUUUUCCUAUUAAAUAAGAUUAUUUUAA